ACCAAGUCCAGUAUCGCGACAUCGACUUCCUUCCCUUCUUGUACCUGCUGCAUCGCAUUGGCCCUCUCACGAAAUGUCAGCCCCGCCAGUAGACUACUACACCGCGCUCGAAGUCGACUCCAAAGCAACCCAACAACAAAUCCGCGACGCCUACAAAAAACAAGCCCUGCGCCACCACCCCGACCGCGUCCCCGAAGGCUCCCCCGAACGCAGCACGCGCACCAAAAAGUUCCAGCAAAUCAACGACGCCUACUACACCCUCUCCGACCCCACGCGGCGCAAAGACUACGACGCCAGCCGCAACCACUUCCACGGCUUCGCCUCCUCCUCCGCGCAAAAUGACGCCGACAACGAAGACGUCCCGCCUCCGCAGGCGGGCGGCUCCUCUUUCCCUUGGUCGGCGUUUGGGUUCGGGGGCAAGGCUUCCUCCGAGCAGGAUAGGAACACUUUCAGCAAUGAGCAAUUCGGCGGCGUGUUUGAGGAGAUGAUGCAUGACGAGGGUUUGGCGGAGGAGGAUAAGACGCCUAAUCGCCGCUUUUGGAGCGUGGUGGGGGCUGUGAGUGGUGGUGCGAUGGGCUUUAUUGUGGCCAAUAUGCCGGGUGCGAUUGCCGGGGCUGUGGGUGGGAACCGACUGGGUGCGAUUAGGGAUAAGAGGGGGAAGAGUGUGUAUUCUGUUUUUCAGGAGCUGGAUCAGCCGGAGAAGAUGCGCCUGUUGUCGGAGUUGGCUAGUAAGGUUUUUGCGCAUGCGAUCAGCUGAGUGCGGAUGGGAUGUGGCUGCACUGGCUUCGAAGGGAAGAUUGCAAGGGCGGAUCAGGAUAAGGGCGGAAAGCUCAUGCACACUGUGGCCUCGUGUGAGCGGAACGAUAGAUGGACGAGAUGGGAAGCCGGCGACAGGGGCAUUGCAGGGCCAUUUGAUACGUGAUAGUACACCAAACGCCAAAACUCGACAUCGAAUGAGCGAGUCGAGCAGA